AUGGCGGGCUGCUGGGCCGUGGACGCCUUCAACCUGCGGCCCGAGACGCGGAGCGCGUUCCGGCUGCUGAGCGCCGAGCCCGAGCCCUCGCCCGACGUGGAGCUGAGCAGCCUGCGGGGACUCAACUUCACGCUCAUGGAGACCGAGUGCGAGCCGGGCACCCGCGCCCGCCUCGACGACUGCGACUUCAAGGAGAACGGGGCCAUCAAGGAGUGCACGGGCUCGGUGCUGGUGCCGCAGGGCUCCCCGGAGCUGGAUCUGCGCUGCGUGGACGCCUCCUCCGACCCGGUGCUGGUGCAGCGCGGCCGCAUCGGGCGCUUCUUCGGGCGCCUGCGGCGCUUUCGGCCCGUCAUCCACUUCGACGUCCACGCGCACGGCCGGCUCCGACUGGGAUGA